AUGGCUGAUGAUAUUUCAAGGGGUAAUAAUUUGAUGGAUUUUCAUUCGAUCAAAUCUUUGGACCCACAUGUUGAUUUCGGUGUAAGAAUUGGGUCUUCGUUGAAUAAGUUAGAAACUGGUGAUGUUAGGAUAGAGGAGAGAAUUCGCCAACUCAUGUUUGUUGCUAUUUGCGUUAGGCGGCAGAAGUCUCACCAAGUGCAAGAUUCUAGGGAAAUUAGAAACUUUUCGGGCGAGAUUUUGGUUAAUUGGGAUAGAGAGAAAGGUGGAAAUGAUGGAAUUAAUGUUGAAGAAAGGACUUCCAAGAAUGGAAAGAGUUUUAAAAGGGACGGUUCCCAUUUGGUAGGGAAAGCAUUAAAGAUGUUGGAUUUUGAGUUUAAGAAUGCCAAUAAGGAAGGUGGAAGCUUUUAUGAUUGUAAUCUAUGCUUUGACAUGGCGAAGGAUCCUGUCUUGACUUGCUGCGGCCACAUGUUUUGUUGGCUUUGUUUUUAUUUGCUGCCUUACGUUUAUUCGACUAUUAAGGAAUGCCCAGUUUGUAUAGGUGAGGUGUCAGAUAGUGCCGUAAUUCCUAUCUAUAGCAAUGGGUGCACUGAACAUGUUUCUGAAGUGGAAUGCGGCUUGAAGAUACCUCCAAGGCCCAAAGCACGUAGAGUUGAUAGUUUUAGGCAGCAGGGAGUGGGCCUAAGUCUGUCUUAUGCUUCCGUUGCACAAGCACUAAGGGAAAUUACUGGUGCAAUGAGGAAUCAAACAGGGCAACAAGGUGGAAACGGUAACUUCAGUUUAAAUUCUGAGUCUCAUGGGGUACUAAAUGCAGCAGAGCCACAAAGAUAUCGCGCUCUGGCGAUCCGACCAGAACGAAGAGUAUUAUCAGAAAGAAUUGCUUUUAUGGCUUCCGUUUCAUCUGCUUUAAAUAAUUCAGAAAGGUCAGUUGAGGAUCGUGAAACAGUUGGUAAUAAUUGGAUUCAAGGAAGUGAUGUUAGGACUUCAAUCGUUGGUGUGGGAACUUCUCUUACCAGCAAUUUCAAUACGGUACGAUCUUAUAAUCAGCCUCCAGAAUCAAGGGUGGAGAUCAAUUCCGCUUUGCCCAUUUCUUCAUCUUCCCAAACAAGUGAUGUUUCUGGUGCUGUUGAACGUUUCCUGACGUUGACUGCUAUUGGGAUCGAUCCCCCUGUGGAUCCUUCUCCAUCUUCAUGGGGAAGAACCAUUCCUCCAAGUGCUUCAAAUGUGGACAAUGAAGACUUCCGUGAAUCUAGAAGGAGAAGAUUGAACUGA